AUGAAUCUUUCAAUUCCAGAAACCAUAUUUAUCUUUAUGGAUGAAGGAAUGAAUGAAGCAAGGAAACGCCCCAGAAAGCUCAACUUAAACGCACCACUCUUAUCGACAAGGCGACCUGCUGCUGGUGGAUACGUUAGUGAUGAAGUUUCUUGCAACAAUUCCCUUGUGGGAUGCAAAGAUUCGAGUAACGGGAUUCCGUUCUGCUGGGAACAGGCUCCCGGAAAGCCGAAGAACUCGGAGAGAAGUAACGACGUCGAUGAAUCUGAAACGCCUCGUCCAAAACCCCCACCGGGAAGAUGGCGUCCACCAAAAGAGGCAACUAAUGGGGAUCAUGAUCACAGUCAUGAUCACCAUGAUGAAGGCUGCGAUGCCGAUGUGGAUGACUACGAUAACAGCGACGAUAUAUUCUCGGAUGCUGUGGAAGUCUUGUCACUAACGGAAGCAAUAGACAUUGUUGAGAAAACAGAAAAGUUGCAUGGAUCAUCAAAGAGCUUAGAGCCUAGUGAAAUGGAUGGCAUGAACUUAGCAAUGAGUUUAGAGCACAGUGAUUGUCCAUCUCCAAGUUUCAUAAUCGAACGAUUUCUUCCAGACGCCAUAGCAUUGGCUGCAUCAUCUGCUCUAAGCAUGUCCAAAACAAAGCUUCCCUACCUCUACAAUUAUUCGGAUCAGUCGCCAUGUGUUUCCCAAGCAGUAAUAAAACGAUCAUCACUGUCUUCUUCCCCAAAGCGUUGUGGGCUUGAAAUGUUGUUGCCAUGGCGGAUGAAGCACAAGCUUUGUAGCGUAAGAAAUCCAAUCAGGGAAAGGCCAAACAAUAUUAUACAACCAAAAGCAAGAGCAAAGCAGAAGAAAUUGCUUUCAUCAACUGUAGUGGAUUCUGCAGAAUGGAGAUGUAAAUAA